UGGGCGGAGCUCGGAGUGUCUUUUGUCCACACUCACAACAACAGAGGGAGCGUCACAGUGCAGCGGACAGUGUGUCAGCGUGGUCUACCCUGAAAUCUGGUCUCAAACAAAGUUUCACGUCUGGUUUUUAACUGAAAUAAGGACUUCGGGUUGUUUCCAGCUGGGAGAUGUUCGCCACGGCCACUAGAAACUUUGUGGAGGAGGUGGAUCAUGGAGGUCUGCUGAUCCCUGUGUCCAGCCUGAAUGACAGCAUUUGUGUUCUGACAGUGGUGGUGAAGCGUAAGCGGUUCUGGCUCUGGCAGAGGCCCAAGUAUAUUCCCACUGAUUUUAACCUCAAUGACUUACUAACAGGAGACACGCCCAUAAAUCCAGGCAUUAUAGAAACAGAUUUCAUCAAAUUCAAUGGGACGUAUGGUGAAAACAUUAAGGGAAACGUGGACGCAAAUUUCGUCAACGUGUCCAGCGUGACCCUGGAGGGUAAAGACUUGUCCAAGCUGCAGACAUCCUUUGGCAGUUUGAAGAAAGAGGAAGUGGACGUGCAGAAGCUGCUGCGAGACUCCAAAGACAGGCUCUUGGACAUGUCCCACAGUCUGGUCCAGCAGACAAAGGAGAAGCACAGACAGUCGUUUGGGGUCGUGAAGGAGCGCAUUGUGACGACGCAGCCCUGUUCGGUCAUAGAGGAGGUGCAGCAGGGAGGACAGUGUGGAGGAGGCCUGAGCCUCUGUGGACCCAAGAACCCAAAGGUUUCUUUGAAACCGAAUGGGAGCCUGAGUAAAGACAGUAACGUUACCAUGGAGAUUCCCGUCCACACUACCAUUGCCUAUGCGCUUAUAGAGCUGGAGAUCAAACACGACGGGCAUUAUGAACUGUGUCUGAUGUCAGACACCAACGGAGGUUUUGAAGUGGACGGCCCUGUUCGGAAAAGACUGGUGGGUGCCUCCGGAUCUCCUGCGGACACCUCUGAAACUAGCCGCCUGAGGCAAGAGCUGGAGCGACUGAGUGAUCAUUUCCAGCUGCUGUCGGCUCUUCCUGUCGCCACAAAGUCCUCUCUGCUCCACAACAUCACAAAGGUUAUGGAAGCCCGAAGUGCCGUCAGCUCACUUCAGAGUGUUCUGGACCAGAUGUGCCUGAGCAAGACACCUGCCCUUGGUGAUGUUACGACAACAGGGUCCCUGAAACAGAACAUCCAAGCAAUCCUGGACCUUUUGCAGCAGUCUGGUCAGGUGAAGUCAGCUCAGGCAGGGCGGUCCGGAUCAUUGCUCAUGGCCCUUCACCUCAUUACAAGCGCCAUGGAUGAGAUGACAAAUGAUUGUAUUGCCGUCUUGGGGAUGUGCUGCAGUCUCUCUGUGUUGCCAGAUCUUGAGCUACUGGUCCAGUGUGUAUCAGGGAAGGGGGAGAUGCCUUUGAACAGCGCAGGCUCGGCUGCACUCACAGAAGACGUCUAUGAAAAGAUUGAACAUCUGUUUGCCUCCUCCAAAGUGUCCUUGAAGAAAGACGGGGACAAGGUGAAGAUGGAAAUAAACCAGCAGCCGGGACACCUUCCUCUGGUCCUGUGUAUCGCUGUUAGAGGUCUCGCCUCUUUGGCCCACUCUGAUUGAACUGAAGACAGUAGAUAAUAUUCUGUUAUCUCGAGGACUGAGGACGCCUUUAUGUACACCAGAAAUGUUGGCUACUACACUGGAAUAAGGUAAAUGGGGUCACAUAUAAUCAGUGUUAUUUAUCAGUGGGGUUUCUUUUGCUCCUUUGGCGCUGACACUGGUGCAAAUACUAACUAGUACUACUGCUGAAUCAGCUGGCAGUCGACAACCACAUCAUCAAAUAUUUUGACAAUCAGGUAGUUUGUUCCCUCAAUUUUAGACAAGCGUUUUAAAGAUGUAAUUUUCACUGAUUUCUGUUUUUAUAGAAAAAAAAAAUUUAUAAGUAUUUUUUUAGCCUUGAUGUGGCUUUAUUGACAGAACAGGCUCAAGAUAUGACAGGAAACAGGGCUGGCGCUAACCCCUACAUGAACACACUUGAUUAAAAUAUUCAGAUUUAAUCUUUGAAUGAAAAUCAGAGGUUACCAUCUGAUUUAAGGUAGUGCAACAAGAAAGGAUUGUGCCUAAUGUCUGAAAGAAUGGUCUUUUUUAUUGAGUUCUCAUAUUGUUAGAUUUUGUCAACAAAAACAUUUUUUACAUUUUUGCCAUGAAAACUCAUGUUUUACAAUAUGCACAAAUGAUUUAUGUUAUGUAGGGUUUAGUGACGUCUUAACCCUGAAGGUCCACCUCAACUCUUAAGCUAUAUUUAGUAUUUUGUGGCUUAUUGCGUUCUGUUUGAUAGUUAAAGCAAAUAUUCAGUUGUUUGGAAAAUGUUAACACUUCCAUAAAAAUGCACAACAUUGUCCUAUAAAGUAAAUAAUAUCUGAAGCACUUUUUCUGAUGUCCCAACUACAAACCUCACUCCAAACCACCUAAGCACAUUAAUUAUCAAACUUCUGAUUUGCUGAUUGCAAAUGUGUCUUUGAUUUUCAAUGUGCCUUUAAUUGUGGCACUUUAUGUCAGGGUUUCCAUUAUGAAUCUUGAAAUUUGUUCCAACUGUCUCCUUUUUUAUCUGUAACACUUUUGUAUGUUUCUGCCUAUGGUGCAAAAAGAAAAACAUCCCCUGGGAUUGUG